GUUGCUCUGGAUACUGAUAUCGCCUGUGGCAAAUUUACGGCAUUUUCCAAGUCCUCGAUUAAGUCGGCUGGUCUCAGCCCCGAUGCUUUCAUUCAAACUAUCAGUUCCUCCGAAAAAUGCGCAUUACUUCGAAAAGCGAUUGAGCAGCAUCAGCUUUACACCAAAAUGACGGCUACCGGACAUGGGUUCGAUCGCCACCUUCUAGGACUUCGGCUCAUUGCUGCUGAUUCCGGCGAUCCUACGCCAAGUAUUUUUGCUGAUCCAACAUACGAAAAUGCAAACCACUUCUCCCUCACCACCAGCCAGAUAACUGGUAAGCAAGAUUUUGGCGCCAGCUUCGAUCCCCUCAUCCCAGACGGAUAUGGAUUUACCUACAAUUUGCAGGGUCACUAUAUGAACCUAACGGCCAGCACCUUCAAAUCAAAAACUUCGGACAACGCUGCAGUGAAUCUCAUUAACGCUUUUGCCGCUAGCCUCUUAGAUAUGCGAAAACUUCUCGAGGGUUCAGUGGAGGUUGACAUCAACGAAAAGUGA